GGUACUAUGAGGCCAAAUAUUGCUUUGCCUACUUGUACGAUAUGCCGCGCGUAGACUUGAAGAACUCCAAGUGGUUCACGAGAGGCUGGACCCUCCAAGAACUGAUAGCGCCGGGAGUUGUGAAGUUUUACGACUGCACCUGGACUGAGAUCGGCACCAAGAUUGGCAUGAUCGGAGAGAUCCAGAAAAUUACCAGUAUCGAUGAGCCAGUAUUAAGGGAUCGUAACAAACUGCAGUCGACCAGUGUCGCAGCCCGCAUGGCGUGGGCUGCAGAACGAGUGACUUCCAAGAAGGAAGACGAAGCAUAUUGUCUCAUGGGCAUCUUCGACGUGAACAUGCCGAUGAUCUAUGGGGAGGGCAUGCGGGCCUUCGCGCGCUUACAGGAGGAAAUCAUCAAGACCUACGAAGACCAAAGCAUCCUCGCAUGGCAAGCGUGGGAGCACAAUCAAGCCAAUUUGCUUCUCUCCCCAUCGCCCAAAGGCUUUCGGAAAGCCCAUAAAAUCGUCAGCUGGUCCCACACCUGGGUGGACGAUUCCUUUGACCUCCACAACAAGGGCCUCCGCAUCUACCUCCCCGUUGUCCAAGACCCGGGCGAUCCUAAGCGAAUCGUCGCAAUCUUGAACUGCCGCUACAGCCACGAGAUCAGGACACAACUCGCCAUCUAUCUGAGGGAACAUGCACCCCGCAUGAUCGUUCCCAGCCGAGAACUCAAAAGUACCGUCUGCGAGAUGGCGCCUCAGCUGACCGACUCCGGCACGCUCACCGCUCUCGACAACAUCCAACGAGCAGUUCUAUACCACGCCAAAUGGAAAUCGCUCAUGAUUCUAAAAUCGCCCAUUCCCCCAGAACACAUCGCCCCAGGAGCCGUCUGGGAACAAAAGAUCAAAAUCCACAACCUCGUCGACCAACUCACCCUAUCCAAAGUCUUUCCCCCAAACGCCUACGACCCCCACGAGGAAAUUCUCACCUUCUUCCUCACAGGCUCCGACGAAAUCGAUCGUGGCUACAUGUCCUUUCUCGACCCCGACGGCAAAAAGCAGUGGAGCGUGCUCUUGCAGCAAGAAUCCUUAUCCGGCUCCGCUAAACCGCGUGUCUGGCUGUGCAAACACGGUACCCUCGCAGAUGAUACUGCGCUAUUUCGUACGUUUCGCGCUAGUAAUGAGGAACUUCGGAAAAUCGCUCGAAUUGAAUUUCGCAAGGGCGUGCAGGAUCUUGUGGCUGAGGUGGAUCGGGAUUUGUCGCAGCCGACGAAAUCUGCGUGGGAUGUGAAGUUGUAUUUGGAGAAGAAGACGGCUUCUUCGUCGAAGGGGACGUGGACGAGUUUGGUAUAUGGUAGUGGUAGUAAAGGUCGUUGAAGAGAGA